GGUGGUGUUGUGCCGGCUGGACAAGAGCUGGACAGACAGGUUGGGUUAUUAUUCAAAAAACCAACUUCAAGCAAAAAGGUUUUCGCUGGUUACGUUGAGUUCCUGUAGUAAAGCCACUGAAACCGAGUGAAGAUGGGGGACGAUAGAGAGAGCUCCGUGAAUACAAAUAAAAACCAGGACAUGAAAGGUGAUGAAAAGAAUGGUGUCAUGUACUACUCACGCGAGGAGGUGCAAGCCCAUAACAUGAUCGAAGACACAUGGCUUAUUAUCCACGAUAAAGUUUACGAUAUCACAAGUUUCAUGGAGGAGCAUCCAGGUGGUGAGGAAGUUCUACUGGAGCAAGCAGGAGGAGAUGCAACGGAGAGCUUUGAGGAUGUAGGCCAUUCCACAGAUGCCAGAGAGAUGCUCCAGCAGUAUUUCAUAGGGGAACUCCAAGUGGAUGAUCGAAAGAAAGAAUCAAAGGAGGAAGUUUACAUCACAACUUCUAAGGAGUCCAGGUCAUGGAGCACCUGGUUAAUUCCUGCCAUAGCCGCUGCACUCAUAAGCAUCAUGUAUCGUUACUACAUGUUGGAGCAUAAAUCGUCCUAAACUCUUUUUAAACUUUUUCACAGCUAUUUUUCUCUUGUCUGGAGGCCUUUACUUGUUUGACAGAGUGAGUCUCUGAACUCGCCAAUCUUAAAAGCUCCUGCUCAUCCUCUCUUAUUUCUACCAAACUGAAGAUUUGGACAUGAUUAAUAGCCAAUUUGUUCAUUUUGACUGGUUUCUCUUGCAGUUUGUUAUUAAAUACUCUUGUUAUGGCCAAUAUUUGCCACUUUUUCUGCCAACAGAUUCUGUGACUGUCUUUUUUUAUUUAUUUUUGGAAAUUAAUUAAACUCCAGUUAAUCCAGAGCAUAAUUGGGAUUUUCAGCUUUUGACGAAAAAAACUUAAUUAGCUGGUAUUUUGACAAAUCACAGAUCCACAGUUUUGACAUAGCUGCUAUUUUAUGUUUGUCAGGAUUUUGACCAAAUUAUAUCCAGAUAGAUCCAGCUUCUUUGGUGGGAUGUGAUUUUUUUUUUUUUUUCUUUUUUCUGAUGUGGCAUCUCUUUUGACCUCUCUCAUCAACGAGAUGUUUUUUGUUUUUGGCAAAUUCUAGAGAUUGUUGUGUGUGAAAUUCCCAGGAGAUCAGCAGUUACAGAAGUACUCUGUAUUUCUCCGUCUGGCACCAACAAUCAUGCCACAGUCAAAAUCACGGAGAUCAAAUUAUUUCCCCAUUCUGAUGGUUGAUGUGAACAUUAACUGAAGCUCCUGACCCAUAUCUGCAUGAUUUUAUGCACUGCACUGCUGCCUCAUGAUUGGCUGAUUAGAUAAUUGCAUGAGUUGUUGGUUUGAGUAUUUCUGUAACUGCUGAUCUCCUGGGAUUUUCACUAGGGUUGUAACGGUUCUCGGUAAAAAAACGAACAAUACGGUUCUUUACCCCGGUUCGGUAAGCAUUGGCACUGUGGUUCACCUCAAGUUUAAUGACGCAUGGAGAACAAGGCUUGGUGAAGAAAACAUAGCGUCAAAUAGUCAUACACAGUUACAAUCACUCACCCCUAAGGCACCUGAAUGGAUCUGUAAAUGGAUACGCUCUGUCUGCUUCUCACGUGGGUCAACUGAUGACAUCAUUGUUCUGCACGCGUUGUGUGUACUUGAAAAUGGCAAUUACAGAAAACGAACCGCUGACAGAGAAGCCCCCUGCGUUAUUUAAAUCUGCUUUCUGGAACAUUUUCUUUUUGCAGUCAAUUAACAGUGAUGGUCAAAGUUUACAAAACAGGCACUGUUUGUAGACAUUGCUCGACGCGAGUGCUGUAUACUGGUAAUGCAUCGAUAUAUGAUUAAUCAUGUGCGCCGAUAUCACCCAGAGUAAGAUAGGUGAGCCGAAACUGCACACACUCCCUUCCGUUUUUAAGCAGGCACUCCGUGUUCAUUCAGACAUGCAUUAAAACAAUAACUAAAACACAUUGCUAUUAAGUUAUGUUACCAUACUCCGAAUAUGAAGAUGUGGGAUUUCAGCAUAUGAUUAAAACACUCGAGCUGUGACAUCUCGGACCCUUCUUGUAUCCAUAUUAAUAGCAAGGUUCUUUCUAUAGUGAUGUACAGCUUCUUUGUUUAGUAGAUGUUGUGUUUGAAAUGCACUUUGUUGAUGUAUGUAGCGUAAUAGUGCAGAUAUUAAGUUAAAAUAUUGAUAUAGUAAUUAGAGUAGUUUUUGUAUAUAUAUAUAUAUAUAUAUAUAUAUUAGUUCAGGUACCUAAAGAAAAUGAACCAUGGUUUUACUAUAGUAAUAUUCAUGACCGCUGUCACCAUGGUUUUUAUACAAUUAACCAUGGUUUUACAACAGUAAUACUGUAGUUUUCAUAUAGUAACCAUGAUUAUACUAUAUAUUGUAAACAUGACAGUAACCAUGUUGAUUUUGUGGUUAUGAUGUUACUACAAUGUACAUGUAGUUAACAUGUUACUUCAUGAUUAAAAUAUGGUCGCUGUAGUAAAACCAUGCUUUUCAUUAAGGGCAAACCUGUUGGAGUGUUUGUUACCAAAUAUGGUAUUCUUUGGAUUUGGAAGUAAUAUAUGUAUUUUUCUGAACAUGGCAAAUAACGUACCAAAACCGUGACCCUAAAAACAUGAUACAAACCGUACUGUGAGAAAGUCGAACCGUUACACCCCUGAUUUUCACACACAACAGUCUCUAGAAUUUACACACAAUUGUGCCAUAAACCAAAAAACAUCUUGUUGAUGAGAGAGGUCAGCAGAGAUUGGCCAGACUGGUUCGAACUGACAAAGUCUACUACAGUAACUCAGAUAACCGCUCUGUACAAUUGUGGUGAGAAGAGAAUCUGGUUGAUGUUGUUUUGGCAGCACGAGGGGGACCUACACAAAAUUAGGCAGGUGAUUUUAAUGUUGUGGCUGAUCAGUAUUUAUAUAUGUAUAUGUGUGUGUGUCUAUAUAUAUAUAUAUAUAUAUAUGGUAGCCCGGUUAUAUGUUAUUAAAAAGAAGUCACUUUUAAAUACAACAUGGUUUGCAGUGGCAUUCAACAUCAGGCAACACGCAAUCACUGAAAUGUAAGAAUUGUAGCAUAGUUACAGUCAUUUAGUGCUUUAAAGUUCUAGAUAUGUAUGCAUUUUCUUACACUGAAGAUUUAUAUAGUGUGGUACCUGAAUCUGCAAACUUGAAAUUGAUUCUAAUACUUAGCCUUUUUGUAAUGAUGCAUUUAUUUGGAGAUGUUUAAAUGGUUUUUGAAAGGAAUUUGUUUAAAUGUUGGUGAGAAAAUUAUUGGAAAAGUUUUAUACUGAAACUGUUUUACAGCCUGUCGAGUACCUGCUCAUAUAUUCAUUACUAUUAUGCAUAUGCUUCUCUGUUAAACAAUUCUUAGCUUUGCAGACACUUGCAUGUACUCUAAUUUCAUGAAGAACCAUUAUAUGCAGGUGUUGCCUUUGACGUUCUUAAGUACACCAAAAUUUUUUCCUUCUAAAAGUUAUGUUGCUUUCUUCAUUUUAGUUACGAACGUUUCUAUUCCAUACCUCUGUUAUUCUGUCUCUCAUUGUAUGUCCUUCCCGAAAAAUUUUGUAUUUAAUUCAGGUAGCUUUGAAAGAAACCCACUGAGUAAAUCAUUGUUAAACAAUAUUCUGUAUAUUCAUAUGCAUUUCCGAUUCAGUAUAGUAAUUUUACAUUUAUCUACAUUUACAUUUAUGCAUUUGGCAGACGCUUUUAUCCAAAGCGACUUAUAGAGCCCUUAUUACAGGGACAAUCCCCCCGGAGCAACCUGGAGUUAAGUGCCUUGCUCAAGGACACAAUGGUGGUGGCUGUGGGGCUCGAACCAGUGUCCUUCUGAUUACCAGUUAUGUGCUUAGACCACUACACCACCACCACUCCUAAUCUGGUAUCCAGUAAUCUGGAUACACUUUCAAUAUGUUCAUGUAUCAUUAUUAUUGAAUGAUAUAACCCGUUUCUGAUUGGCAGUUAAAUAUCUUGGUAUAUUCAUACAGAUUUAUUUUGUUCAAAAUUUUGUUUUAAUUUCCUAAAUUGUCAUGUUUGAGUGUCAUGUUUACCUUUUUAAAAUCUUGAUUUCCUUCCCCAAGAAAUUUGCAAAUGAAUACUCCUGCCAUGCUGAGCCAAUGUGCCCAGCUUUGUGAAAAUAAAAUGAUGUUUAUGUGCAUUUUAUAUGUGUAGAUAUCAUAUUUUCAUACAGACACUUUUAAAUGUUAUAAUUUAAAUGUGGUGUUGGGAAAAAAAACUUUAAUAGAACUAGAUUAAGUGUAUUUGUCUCUGUCUUCUAGUUCAACAGCAGGAAAAAAAGUAAAAGGCCUUUAAUACUGAUGAGGUAAACGUUAUCUGUUUCAUUAAAAAUUAUUAUUUAUCAGUCCACUACAGAAUAUCUCUGGUAUGUCAGGGUGUUUGUCAUAAAGUCAGCUGUGUUUCAAUAAAUGUUUAAAAAUGCAA